AUGGCGAAACUGGACAGAAACUGGACAGAAACUGGGCAGGGCGGGAGGUGCCCGGACGGGAUUUUCCGGCUCCCGGGAGCGGUGACCGUGCCCGGGGCUCCCGCCACGCUGGCCACAGCCCAGGUGACCUCGGAGAACAAGGAAGUGCCGGAGCACAAACCCGUGGACAUUCCGUGCGCCGCGUUCCGCUCGGGGGGCAGCAACCCCCGCAUCGAGUGGAAGUUCCAGAGGGGCUCAUCCCUGGGACUCAUCUACUACGGGGGGGAGCUCACAGAGCCGUACCGGAACCGUGUCCAGUUCUCGCGCACGUCCAUCCGGUUCCAGUCGGUGACACGGGAGGACAGCGGGAAGUACAUCUGUGAGGUGGUGGGGGAUGGCAACCAGAUCGCCAAGUCCGAGGUCAACCUCAUUGUCCAAGUUCCCCCCGGGAAGCCGCUGGCCCACGUUCCCAGCUCUGCCACCGUGGGUGCCCGGGCCGUGCUGCGCUGCUCGGAGGAUCAGGGCUCGCCCCCGCCCACGUUCCGCUGGUACAAGGACGGCACGGAGCUGCCGCAGGACCCCAAAUCCAGCCCGGCCUUCCGCAACUCCUCCUACAGCCUGGAUCCCAGCACGGGGGAGCUGGUUUUUGAGCCAGUGGGGGGUUGGGACACGGGUGAUUAUCACUGCGAGGCCUCCAACAACGUCGGGACCCCCCAAAAAUCCAACGUGUUCCGCAUGGAAGCCAGUGAGGUGAACGUGGGUGGGAUCGUGGCUGCCGUGGUGCUGCUGCUCCUGGUCCUGGCGCUCGCCGGAUUCGGGAUCUGGUUCGCCUACAGCCGCGGCUACUUCAGCAGUGAUGCCGGCGGGAAGAAGGUGAUUUACAGCCAGCCCUCGAGGCGCAGCGAGAGCGAGUUCAAGCAAACCUCCUCGUUCCUGGUGUGACGUCACUCCCGCCCCCUCGGACACUUUUUCC